UCUUUGUAGUCUUAGUUUCUCCAGGUUUUUUUCUCACAGCUUCAGGGGAAAAAAAACAUAAUUUCCCGCUCCAGCGCUAACAUUCCAGCUGAAGUACAGCAGGUGCUUCCGGGACAAAACCACUUCUGCUGUGAAGGAAUCGACUCAGACCUGAUCACACACAGACCCUUGUCCUGAUCAUCGAGAUGGAGAUAAACUGAGAUACUCUUACACACAGAACAUGGUCCUGGUCCCAGACUACAAAGACUGAAACUUAAUGACAUUAGGACCAAGGACCUGGUCCAAGACUUUUUUCUCAGACAUCCUCACCACAAUUUAAAGAUUAUGUUCACUCUUUUUUUCUUCAAUUAUUCCAUUUUUCAGGGACCUGAGUCCAGCAGAGACCCCGACAUCAGGACAUCAUGAUCGUCAUCGUCAUCUUCAUGCUUCUUCUUCCAGUGACCCAGUCCACUCAGGAUCCUCGGGAUCCUCCAGCUCCUCAUCCUCAGGACCUUUACUACCUUCAGGAACUUCAGGACCAUCAAGACCUGCAGCACCAACAAGUGAAUCAGGACACUCUCUCAGGCUUUGAAGAUAAUCUUUAUCUUCUGUACCACCAGGAACCUCGAGAGCCUCAGCACCCAGAAGAUCUACAGCACCCUCAGUACCACCAACAACCUCAUGAACCUCACGACCCCCGAUACCAAAAGAACCAUCUGGACCCUCAGUACCAUCAGAACCCUCAGGAACCGCACUAUCCUCAGUACUCUGAGGACCCUCAGGAUCCACAGUUUGACCAUGAAGAUCAAGACCAGUGUUCUGACAGCUUCUGUAGCCCUCAACCGGGGGACCUGAUGAUUGGUCGAGCCUCUCAGCUCUGGGCCUCGUCCACUUGUGGUCUGGAUGGACCAGAGUCCUACUGCAUCGUUGGAUACCUGGAGGAAGAGCAGAAGUGUUUCUUCUGCGAUUCUCGUUUGCCAUAUGAUCGCCAUGGAAACCAGAACAGUCACCGCAUCGACAACAUCAUCACGACCUAUGAACAUGACAGGAAAAAGCAGUGGUGGCAGUCGGAGAACGGUGUCCAUCAGGUCAGUAUCCGUCUGGAUCUGGAGACAGUUUUCCAGUUCAGUCACAUGAUCCUCACCUUUAAGAGUUUUCGCCCGGUGGCCAUGUUGGUGGAACGAUCCAAGGACUUUGGCCAAACAUGGAAAGUUUUCCGGUACUUUUCUGACGAUUGCUCACUACACUUCCCGUCAGUGCCCAUUGACUCCGCCCACAGUGUGGAUGAUGUCAUCUGUGACAGCAGAUACUCCGGGUCAGAACCGUCCACUAAUGGAGAGGUGGUGCUAAAGGCACUUGACCCAAUCUUUGAAAUCCAGAACCCGUACUCUCCCAGUGUUCAAGACCUGAUCACACUGACCAACAUCCGUGUGAACUUCACUCACCUGUUCACCCUCGGUGACACACUGUUGAGCCGUCGACGUCGUGAUCCCCAGAACAAAUACUACUACGCUCUGUACAACAUGGUGGUGCAGGGAAGCUGCUUCUGUAAUGGCCACGCCCAUCGCUGUGUACCGAUUGAUGGAGGACACGCCCACCAAGGAAUGGUUCACGGUCGUUGUGUUUGUCACCACAAUACUGCUGGAGAGAACUGUGAGCGUUGCAUGGAUUUUCACCACGACACCCCCUGGAGGCCGGGCGGAGAACAUGCAGCCAACAUCUGUAGGAGAUGUCAAUGCCACGGCCUUUCCAACUCGUGUCACUUUGACGCAGCUCGUUUCGAGGCGACGGGCGGUGUCAGUGGUGGCGUCUGUGACGACUGUGGUCACCAGAGAGCUGGGCCUCAGUGUGAACGGUGCCGCCCCUUUUUCUACAAGGAUCCUUUAAGAGACAUGAACGACCCACACGCCUGCAUCCCCUGUGAGUGUUCUGCAGAAGGUUCUCGCUCCAGUGAGUGCGACGUUCUGUCGGGUCAGUGUGUUUGUAAAGAGAACGUUGAAGGCCGUCGCUGUGAUCGAUGUAAACCAGGAUUCUUCAACAUGAGACGCGAAGACCCCGACGGAUGUCAAGCGUGCAGAUGUCAUCCCAUGGGAAGUCUGAGGUCAUGUGAUCAGCUAACAGGAAGUUGUGAAUGCAACCGACUGGCAACCGGACAUUUGUGUGAUCGAUGUGUGGAAGGCUUCUGGGGUUUAGGAAACUCUCAGGUCAGCUGUUCACCAUGUGACUGUGAUGUGGGCGGAGCUGUCAGCAGUGGAUGUUCUCCAGAAGACGGACAGUGUCACUGUUUACCAAACAUGAUUGGUCGUCGGUGCUCUGACCCUGCACCCGGGUACUUCCUCCCUUCUCUGGAGCUGUUCCUGUAUGAAGCGGAGCUCGCUGCCCCACUGGUCACAGAGACUUCUGGGACUCCAACGAACGCUCCCAUUCCCAUUUCUUCCAGGUUGAACCCCACAUGUGAGGAGUACUUCAGGAGCCUGGGCUACGACUUUAAAUUUGUAAAUGGCCAGAUCUUUCUGAUCCGUAAGACUCGCGGACUCGCUCGGCGGCAAAGACAGCUGAGCAGCAUCCCUCUGGACCCGGGUCACAGUCUUCAAAUCAUUCCUGGUCAAACAAUUCUGGACCAACCUGACACCUGGACUGGCUGGGGAUUGGUCAGGGUGGCUGAGGGGGCGGGGCUUCGCUUCACUGUGGACAAUAUUCCGUCUUCAAUGGAAUAUCACUUAGUGAUCCACUACAAGACGGAGACUCCAUCUGAUUGGCUGGCUUCAGUCAGCAUCAUUAUGACAUCACCUGGAGACCAGGCCUGCAGCCGGGAUCCAGCAGGAAGUCAAAGUUUAGUUCUUCCUGAAAACAUCAGGGAAGGUCUUCUGGACUCCACACUGUGCCUCAACGCAGGUGCUCGCUACUUUGUGGAUGUGGUCUUUAAAAAAUCCAGUGGAGCCGACGGAUCCGGAUCAUUCCUUCUAAUCGACUCAAUGGGACUGAUUCCCAGCACGGAGACGGGCCAGGAUUUCUGCUCUCAGACAGAUCAACAUACGGCUCGCUGCUUUGGACUGAACCGAGAGACGAAUCCACAGGUGGAUCUUUCAGAAAUCUGCACGGAACUGAUCAGGAAAAUGUCUCUCAGAGUUUAUGGAGGACCAGUUGUCUGCAGGUGUCACCACAUCGGUUCUGUCAGACACAGCUGCAGUAGAAUGGGUGGGAUCUGUGAGUGUCAGCCUAAUGUGAUUGGCCGCUGCUGUGACGCCUGUGCACCUUUGACCUUUGGCUUUGGACCUGAUGGAUGCAAAUCGUGCCACUGUGACCUGCAGGGGUCAGUGUCGCCCCUCUGUGAUGAGGUCACAGGUCAGUGUGACUGUCGUCCUGACGUCACUGGUCAACGCUGUGAUCACUGUGGAGCAGGUUUCUGGGGGUUUCCGUUCUGUCGACGGUGCGACUGUAACGGUCUGUCAGACGACUGUGACGUCCAGACUGGAGAGUGUCGCAGCUGCAGGCUGAACGCUGCUGGACCGCGAUGCGACAGGUGCCAGGACGGGUAUUUUGGAGAACCGGUUGCUGGUUUGUCCUGUCAGCUCUGCUCCUGUCCAGAUGUCCAGGACAGUGGACGGUUCUUUGCUACUACCUGUCAAUACGACCCACAAUCCCAUAGUGCAACAUGUCUGUGCAGAGAGGGACACACAGGUCCUCGCUGUGACAGGUGCGUUGGCGGAUACUUCGGGGACCUGUCUCUACCUGGUGCUGGCUGUAAACCAUGUCCCUGUAACAACAACAUUGACAUAGAUGGCGCUGGUGCCUGUGACAGUCUGACUGGUGAAUGUCUGCGCUGCCUUGGAAACACAACCGGACCACGGUGCCAACACUGUAAACCAGGGUUCUACGGCAACGCUCUGGAGCGAGACUGCAAGGAAUGUUCCUGUGAGCGUCGGGGAACAGAAGUAACCCAGUGUCCUCUGGGAAGUCCCUGCGUCUGUGACCCCGGGACUGGUCAGUGUCCCUGCAGGACUGGAGUGACCGGGGAUCUCUGUGACACGUGUGAGGACAGAUUUUGGAAUCUGAAGGGACCGUCGGGAUGUCAGGCCUGUGGCUGUGAUCCGCUCAACUCUGCCUCCAGUGUCUGCGAUAAGGUGACCGGUCAGUGUCCGUGCCGUGCAGAGUUCGGAGGACGACAGUGUGAUGAAUGUGGAGAAAACCACUUUGGGAACCCAGACCUUCAGUGUGUCUCGUGUGACUGCAACCUGGAAGGAACCCUGCGUCCAUCAUGUGACCCUGAAACCGGUGAAUGUCUGUGUCGUCCUGGAGUCACGGGGAUCUUCUGUGAUGAGUGCGCUCCCAGCUACAGCUCUGCGUUUCCAGCCUGUGAGCCGUGUCACCCCUGCACUGCCCUCUGGAGGGAGAGUGUGACAGACGUCCAGAAAGCUGGUGAAAGGAUGAAGACCUUCAUUCCUCUGAGCCCUGAUCAGGGGCAGCUCAGAGACCGACCCCAACGUCAGCGCAUGCUGGAGGUCCACUCCCUGAUGGACAGGCUCACCAACCUGAGCCGGCUGUCCCUGAAGAACCUUGAGAAGAUGGAGAAGUUCUGCUCCAAAAUGGGGAAGUUAAAAGACGCUCUGAACCCAAACCUGAUCCUGGUGGACUUGUCUCCGCUCCUUGACACGGACAUCGAGAACAUUCGGUUGGAAUUCAAGAAGCUUUUGAAGGUCCUGAAGGAGAAGGCUAUCCAAGAUUUGGACCAGAAGGAAGAAGAUGUGGAAGAAUUCCGGGAUGAGAUCAAGAAGCUUCUGAAGAAUUUCCUGUUAGACGAAAACAAAGUAAACCACGCCCACAAAUCUCUGGAGGAUUCUAUAGAGACAAGACAGCAAGCGGAACAGAAACUGGGCACGUGCAAGAACCUCACACCACUGGAAAAGAAGAUCAAGGAUCUCAGUGUGGUUCCCCUGAACCGGCAGGUCUGUGGACAUCCGACCCUCGACGAUUGUUCUGGUUGUGGUGGAGCUCUGUGUCGUUUCGGCCUGGGUAGGAGGAAAUGUGGAGGUCCCAACUGUGAUGGAGCACUUCCUGUCAGUCAGAAUGCUUCAGAAACCGCUCGUCAAACCAAAAACCAGAUCUCCUUAUUCAGUUCUGGGCUGGAAAAUUUCAGGAACAAGGUUCUCAGAGCAGGUCAACGAGCGAAGGAGACCAAUGAGCAGGCCAAAGAUUCUCAAGAGCGAAUCAACCAACGACUGAGCACCUUCGAAAAGGAGAAGAACAAAACCAAAGAACUGAUCCAGAGAGCCAGGGACUAUUUAAGAGACGACUCAGUUCCUCCUGAAGAUAUUGAGAAAAUGGCGCAGACUGUUCUGAGGAUCCAGCUCCCACGAUCUCCUGCUCAGGUUCAGUCUAUGAUUGAUGAGAUCCACCGUCUUCUGUCCAGCACCAAACAUCUACCAGACCGCAAGGAUCUGGAGCAGAAAAACAAAGCUGCUCUGGACCUGCUGCAGAAGGCCCAGGAACUCAAAGAGAAGAUCGCAGGCAUCGAUGUGAGGAAAGUCACAAAAGAUAUCUACGAUGCUGAGAGGGCCCAGGAUCAGGCCAACGAAGACCUGGAAACUGCCAGUCAGGACCAGGACCAGGCCAAGGACCGGAUACAAAAGAUCAAAGAUAAAGUGAUGAAGAUAGAGGUGAAGCUGAUGACAGAUCGUCCUGAAGAUCUGAGGAAGGAGGUUGAACUUCUGAAGAAGAAGACUCAGCAGAACAGAGACGUGGCUGACGAAGCUCUGCAGACGGCUGACGCGGCGCUGAACUCUACAGACACGGAUCUGGAGGACGUGUUGAAGUUGUUUGAGGUUCUAAAACUGAAGAACUCCACUGGAGUUGUUCCGGGUGAAGCUGAAGAACGUGUGAGGAAAAUAAAGGAAGAGGCGGAGAACAUGAGGAAGCUGGUAGAGGACAAGCUGGUCCAGAUACAAGAUCUGGACCACAAGGUCAAGGGGCAGAUGGAAGAAAAGCAAAAGAAGCUGUCGGAACUUUCUGAGCUUCUGAAAACGGUGGAGACGCUUCAGGAAGAGAUCUCCGAGCGUGCUGAGAAGUAUGCCAGCUGUACCUAAAGAGUACUUUACAAUACUACUCAGUACUGCUCCUUAAUACACUUGUCUACAAAUGUUUUUCAUCUGACAUAUAAAGAAUAAAGUUAUUUGACCAGUA